AUGACCAUUCAGCUAGGCGUCACUGUUGCCUGGGGCAGGUAUGCCAGGGUUACAGGCGUCACCGUUGCCUGGGGCAGGUAUGCCAGGGUUACAGGCGUCACUGUUGUCUGGGGCAGGUAUGCCAGGGUUACAAGCGUCGCUGUUGCCUGGGGCAGGUAUGCCAGGGUCACAGGCGUCACUGUUGCCUGGGGCAAGUAUGCCAGGGUUACAGGCGUCCUGUUGGCGUCCUCUGAAGGCGAGGGAAGUCUUGUGGAUUAG